AUGUGCGAAUUCGACCAGCCCUUGGGGAAGAGGUCCAACAAAGGGCGUGAGCCAUCCAGCACCAAGGUCAGGGCAGAACCAUGCAUUCAAGAGCCCGAUGGCCAUGAAGGUUGGAUACAUCAAGCUCUUCUUCUCCAAGUGCCCGGACAAGCCGAACAGUUGAUGAAAAAGGAGUUCGCGUCGAUCGGGGGUAGUGUGAGCCCAAUGACACUGUGCGACGAGGCAUGCGCAAGCACAGGGGCCAAGUCGCGGGGUCCAAAAAUAGGAAUAAUCAAAGUGUUUCCUGGACGGAAACUUUCAGAGAUUAAACUGAAAAGAACAGAUACUACACUUGAUCUAAGCCAAUAG